CUCUGAGUCGAGGGUAUACAAAUGGUUGCCAUAUCCCCAGUGAAUUUAAUCCCAAUUUGUUAAAAUCUUAAAUUGGCCUGUUAUAACAUUGUCGAUAUGGAUGCCGUAACAACACCUGUCAAGAGCUGCACUGAUACAGCUACGGAGUCAAUAUCGAGGUCUGAACCCCUCAUAUCGGCUGAGGCAAUGCCGCAAGCCGAUAAUAUUGCCUCCCCGGCAGACGGCCCCUCGACCCCAAGUCGCCCAGGAAUAAGCAGUACGCCUUCGACCGAUUCAAGCAAUACCAGCCAAUCAUCAACCUUCUCAAGCCACUUCAAUGACAGCUCUAGUGGAUUCCGAAAAAUCGAUUGUAGAAAUACUUCAAAACUUUCAAGGCAACAGCGCUGCGGUUAAACGCCCUUCAACUCCGCAGCAUGAAGAAGACGCUUUUGAGUUCGGAUCCGGUAGUUUGGUGUAUAGCAAUGGUUAUAAAUUCAAUUUUGUGGCCAGCAAUAACUCACCGACGCCUAGGAAUGUGAGCGGGGAGAAACUCAACGCGGAAGCUGAGCAGAAUUCAGAGGGUCUUGGGGUGACAGACGUGGCAAGCAACGACGGCUAUUCUCACUCAGGAACUGAAGAUGUGAGAGUGAGAGACACUCGAUCAUGGGAGAAAGCUAGAAGAGGUGGCUCUUCUUUAAGUCCUACGAGGUCGCUUUCCGAAGAUGUCCAUCUGAAUUUAGUCAAUGGUCCGCCCGUGAUACCGCCAUUACCACCAGACCUUGAAGUGUUGACUCAUCUCCCAACAGAUCCGCAACCCCAUGUCCGAAGACUAGCCUAUAGAGACAACAGCUAGCUCAAUUACUUCACCAGAAGUUGAAGUUAUAGGCUCCCUUUCUAACAAUGUUGCUACAACGCCCAGGGAAUCAAAUGGGACGCCCAAGAUAUCAAAGGAAACGCUCAACAAACCAAAGGUAACACGCAAAUCAAAGAGAUCAACAUUGGAGGGUGAACGCCGGCAAUCAGCGAGGCUUCUCCAGAAAAAUCAAGUUCAAACCAACGCUAGUGCAACUACUGAUCCGAAUGUCGGAGAGUCAUAUUUUCCUCUUAAUGUCAAUAAAAAGGCGUCAUCUCAGAAUUUGAGAGAAGAAGGGCGUCGUUUAGAUGAACAUGAAGCUAUCGCAGAUGAAUACCAGGCGUCAACGACGGCCGAUCAAGCGCCAGACUCUGCGGCUCGAGAACCAACCAGCGAUACAGAAGUAGCCGAGGCUGUGCACCCCUCAAUCAAGGUCGACCAGAAGCCAGACGUGGAUACUGCUAAGAAGGCCGGCAGCAUAAAAUUUGAGCAGUACCAGGAGACGAAGUCGCAUACCGAUAUCAAAAUUGCUAUACUCGACGUCCUUCUCCAGGAAGAGAUGAAGCACAUCCUUGACAAGGAAAAGGGCUUCGUGUAUAUGUACAAAUUAGACAGUUCCGAAGGAAACGUUAAGAUCGGAAAGUCAAAGCAGAAACACGGGUUACGUGUUAAGCAGUGGGCAAAUAGCUGCAAGUUGCCAUUCGAGCGCAUAUCUGAUCCUGACGACAAGAGGUUUCUAUAUUAUGGGAUAGUCGAGAAACUCGUACACACGGAGUUAUCGAACAGUAGAAAAACGUAUGAGUGCGGAACAUGCAAGAAAAAUGGUCGUAAGCAAAAAGAAGACGCGAAAGCUGAUCAUGCCGAGUGGUUCAAAGUUGCGGAACCAGAUGCGCUGGAAGUCGUCGAGAGGUGGCGCGGAUGGCUUGUUCGGCACCAGCCGUAUGGGAAGGAUGGAGCUCUUCGAGGAAUCUGGAUAUGGAAGCACCGUAAACUGUUAGAGGCUAAUACUGAUAAUUUCAAGGAGUGGCCUAUAUUGAUGUGGUCUGAUUGGUCUGAAUAUGCUUGGUAUAUAGUUGACAACUACCUCGAUGAAGAGCUACCUACGAUGUUACGAUCUUCAUUAUUCAUCAACGCAGUGCUC